AUGGGAGUUGAAAUACUUUUGGCCGUGGGCUUGGCCAUGGGCUUGGUCGAUGCCGCCGGAGUCUCUGCCGGCGAUCCUCAAUGUUGGACUGGGAUCUCCGCUGAGACAAGGAAGGCCUGCUGUGCAGAUCCUGGCUCGGGUUGGGGCCUGGGCUGCUGGUACAGUCAGUUCUUCUUUGAGAGGUGCUGCCUGGGAUCGGGUGCAUUCGCCGCGACGUGCAUUCCCAGCCAGUCCCAGUUCGGCGAGGAACUCGUAGUGAUUGAGUUCUUCGGGUGGCAGACGAAGAGAGAUGGGGUUUACGUUGAGAUAGGUGCGCUUGAUGGCUUCCGAUAUUCGAACACGCUCGUGCUGCAAAGUUGUUUAGGGUGGACUGGCAUGCUCAUUGAAGGUAGCCCACGCAAUUACGAGGCUUUGCGCAGGAACUUGGCGUCCAAGCGCCCGAAAAAUGUGGUCACCCACUUUGGGGCAGUCUGCGCACCUCCCCUGACGAAUGCAACGUUCCUCAAAGGCCAGAACGAUAACGCAGUCGAUGGGGAUGCGAGGCACCUGUCCGAAACGGUUGUCAACAAAAACAUUCAUCGCCACCGUGUGGCGGUGCCUUGCAAGCCCAUGUCUUGGUACCUUCGCUCUCUUCCGGGGAAGCAUGUGGACUUCCUAUCCUUGGAUGUUGAAGGCGCGGAGCUAGAAGUCCUUCUCACCAUAAAUUUUACCGAAGUGACUGUGGAAGUGUUCAUGAUUGAAUUACAUGAGCUGACGGUAUCUGACCAAGUACAAAACUGGAAGAUCCGAAACCUGCUGCAAAAUCUUGGCUACAGAGAAUGCAAAACUGCACGAGUGAAGUAUUCCGGAGUCUUUGCCCGCCGACAUGGCCAACACGCAGACCGCUGCUAG